GACUCCUGUGCAGCACUGAUGAGCUUUAAUUAAUUUAUGUCUCAGAGCAGACAGGAUGUAUUGUAUGAGUUUUUGCAGUGCUUGUAUAGGGUGAAACAGAUGGAGGGUAUUUGUGAUGUUCCUCUGGGUACCAGCUCAUGUGGGAGUAGAGGGGAAUGAGGAGGUGGAUGUGAUCGCCAAGCAGGCUCUUAAACAUCCUAAUGUUGAGAGGGAAUUGUCAAUCAGUAAAGCAGAAGCCAAGGGGUUAAUAAGAACAGUGGUUAAAAAUAAGUGGCAAGAGUUGUGGAACAGGGAGAGAAAGGGAAGACACUUGUAUAAGAUCCAGGAAAAGGUGGAGGCAGGGAGGUCCUCAGACCGAGAGAGAAGGGAGCAAAGUGUAGUCACAAGGCUGAGACCGGGACACACAAGGCCCAAUAGUACAUUGAAAUUGGUGGGGAAACAUCCAACUGGGAGGUGUGAUCAUUCAGGAGGAGAUGGAGACAGUGGAACAUGUUCUAUUACAGUGCCAGAAAUAUGUGAGGGAAAGGGAGCGAUUGUUAUUAAAUUUGAGGUGUAAUGGGGUUGAAGAGCCAGGAUUAACUAAACUGCUGGGGAAAUCUUCAGGGGAUGUAGUAUUUCAUUAUGUAUUUCGUUUCCUUAGGGAGACAAGAUUAUUGGGUAGGAUUUAGACCUUCACUGUCUCUGGUCCACACCCCAGUCCAGUUGGUGGCGGUAAUGUACCUUAAAGUUGGUUGCCAACCUCCGUAUAAUAAUCCACAAAAGAAGAAGAAGAAGCAGCAGCAGCAACAGCAGCAGCUGCUUUUGACUUAGGUUAUGACUUUUUGGACAUAGUUAACGUUACCACUGUUUCAUUUUAGCGUGGAACUAAAAUACCGGUAGCUAAUUAAUCUAGAAAUGAAAUACUAUCACUUCUAGAUAGCUAGUUUUAUUGUUGUAUUCAGCGCUAGCUAGUAACGUUAGCUAACGAGUUUUCACAGGACAGCUCUAGCUAGCUAGCUACUUUGUUUACGUUUUGCGAACUUCACCUGGCAAGCUAGCCACUCCGGUCCACAGUGGAACUAGGACAUCUGAUAAAUACAUGGUUGUGGGCAUAUCCAACAUUUGUAUUGUCCUGCCAGCCUUUCUGCCGUGGUAAGUUAAAAGUUGCGGAGUUGUUGGAGCGCUAAGGUAGAGAAGGCCUUUCCUAUCCUGACACUGUCACACCUGACUGAACUGAUCAAUUCUGAUUGAACUGAUCAACUAGAAUAAUCAUGGUCUUCAGUCGGAACAUCAUAGCUGAAUCUGGUGUGUUAGUGUAGGGCUGAAAAAAAGGCCUGCACACUCUCCAGUUGGAGACUACUCCGGAGGCUACACAGCAAAUGUCACUUCAAAGUCAUUCUGUCCAAAAGUAACUGAAAGAUUACACUCUCGAGCCCUCCACAGCUGAAAGGGAUGGAGGGAGAGGGGGAGAAAGAGGUAAAGAGGGGGAUGGAGAGAGUCCCGGUCAAACAGAGCCAGGUGUGUGGGCUGUGGGAGCUGAAGGAGCAGUUGGGGACCGGAGGGUUUGGACACGUUUACCUGUACCAGCACCUGGAGACAUCAGAGAAGAUAGCAGUGAAAUUGUGUCGUCUGGAGCUGAACUCAAAGGACCGAGAACGCUGGAGUAGAGAGAUACAGAUUAUGAAGAAGUUGAGCCAUGAUAAUGUGGUCAGAGCCAGGGAGGUUCCAGAAGAGAUGAGUUCUAUAGCUCUCAAUGACCUGCCACUACUGGCCAUGGAGUAUUGCUCUAGAGGAGACCUACGCAAGCUGCUGAACAAGCCAGAGAACUGCUGUGGACUGAAGGAGAGUCAAGUCCUGUCUCUACUCAGCCAUGUUGGGUCUGGUAUCCAGUACCUCCAUGAGAAUAAGAUCAUCCACAGGGACCUGAAGCCAGAGAACAUCGUACUGCAGGAGAUCAGUGGGAAGUUGGUCCAUAAGAUUAUAGAUCUGGGUUACGCUAAGGACUUGGACCAGGGCAGUCUCUGUACCUCCUUCGUCGGAACUCUGCAGUACCUGGCUCCAGAGCUGUUUGAGAAUAAGCCCUAUACCGUGUCAGUGGACUACUGGAGUUUUGGGACCAUGAUCUUUGAGUGUACCUGUGGCUUCCGCCCCUUCCUACACAACAUGCAGCCAGUUCAGUGGACCAGUAAAGUGCGCAACAAAGGUCCCAAGGACAUCAUGGCUGUAGAGGAUAUGAAUGGAGAAGUGAGAUUCUCUACACACCUACCCUACCCCAACAAUCUGAGCAGGCCCCUGUUAGAGCCGGUGGAAUCUCUGCUACAGAUGCUGUUGCUGUGGGACCCUGCAACAAGAGGAGGAGGGACAGACCGUGACACACACACACCCUGCUGCUACACUGCCCUACAGAACAUACUCAACAUGAAGGUGAUGCAUGUGUUGGACAUGACGUCAGCCCAGCUCCACUCCUUCGUCCUGGGCAGUGAGGAGGGGUUACACUCCCUGCAGCAGCGUGUGGAGACACACACCCACACACACAUCCCUCCGCUCAGCCAGGAGCUGCUUUUGGAGACUGGAGUCUCCCUGGACCCCCGUAGACCACCAGCACACUGCCUCCCUGAUGGACCGCGAGGCUGGGACAGCGCCAUAGUCUACAUGUAUGAUAAGAGUCUGACUAAAUACUCUGGACCUUUCACUGCCCGACCCCUGCCUGACAGCGUCAACUUCAUAGUGAGGGAGACGAAGACCCAGCUACCUCUUACUGCUCUAAGGAAGGUGUGGGGAGAGGCGGUUAGCUACAUCUGUGGUCUGAGAGAAGAUUACAGCAGACUGUACCAGGGACAGAGAGCUGCCAUGUUAAGUCUGCUGCGCUACAACACCAACCUGACACGGUAUAAGAACGUGUUGUUUAGCCAGUCUCAGCAGCUCAGAGCCAAACUGGCCUUCUUCACCACCAGCAUACAGCAAGACCUACAGCACUACGACCAGCAGAGAGACACUGGCAUCUCCUCUGAGAAGAUGCUGAAAGCAUGGCAGGACAAUGAACAGAAAGCUGCUGCUUUUACACAGGUAUCAGAGGUGGGCUAUCUGGAUGAGGAGAUAGUGUGUCUCCACUCUGAGAUCGUGGAGCUGCAGAGGAGUCCGUUCGCCAGGAAACAAGCUGACAUCAUGGAACAACUGGAGGAGAAGGCCAUUGAACUUUACAAGCAGCUGAAGGCCAAAUGCAAGAGUCCAGACCCCCCUCAUGGCUACAGUGACAGUUCAGAGAUGGUGAAGACCAUCGUCCAGACGGUCCAGAACCAGGACCGAAUCCUCAGAGACCUGUACACACACCUCAGAUCUUGGAGUGUAAGCGUCGUAUUGUAGCGUUGUUUCCUAAGCUGGAGGGGGCAGUGGAAAGCAUCAAGGCAACGGAGGCUGCAGUCAUGACUAUGCAGAUGAAGAGACAGAGAGAGUUCUGGCACCUGC